AUGUACAGUCACUUACGCAAUAGUUUAAACAAUGAGCCUUUAAUUUUAAGAUUAUUAACAAAUAUCACUGUAUUUACAAGAAAAAUGGCACCCAAACAGAGAAUGCGUAUUGCAAAUGAAAUCGCUAGCAAAAACAUCACCAUGAGGGGGAAUGUCCCAAAAACCACGAAGGAAAAAGAUGACCAAUACCCCGUAGCGCCAUGGUUAAUUGCGCUAUUCAUAUUCGUAGUGUGUGGAUCUGCUAUCUUCCAAAUUAUCCAAUCAAUUCGGUUAGCU